GUCUUUCUUCAAUGAAGGCUGAAGCAGUGUCUAGUUGCAGAGAAUGAGAUCAAAAGGAGCUGAGAUAGCAAGGAGAUAUCGGGAACGUCGUGAUGCUGACCCAGACAGAAGAAGAAAGUACCUUGAGAAAGAAAGGGUCAAAUGGAAAAAAGACAGAGAGACUGGAAAGAAGAAGGGUGUCAAUGAGCUCAGUGAGAGAGAGAAGAGGGCAAAAAGAAAGAAAUGGAGAGAGGCAAAAAGUCAAGCCAGAGCCAGAAACAGGGCCAGUGCUUUGCUACAGUCAGAGACACCACCCAACUCCCCUGCUGAAACUCCUAAAAAUCAGCAUGAGCCAGGGCCCUCCAGGUUAGAUCAUUGGAAGUUUAGCUGAUGAGACUUAUUAGAAAGUUUAGAUUUAUUUGAAGGACAAUUAUCAACUGUUUAUGUCCCCAUAAAAUGACAUAUUGAUAACUAACUUGCUAAAAAAAAUCCUUUGCUUGCUAAACUUGCUAAAUGCAAAAGAGGUUGCUUACUGAUACAAUGAAGAACUUGCAUAGGAGGUUUCUCUCUGAGCACAUUGGCCAAAUAUCAUACACCUCCUUUUGCCGUCUCAGACCCUUUUGGGUGGUAACCCCUUCUUCCUCUGACCGUGACACAUGUCUCUGCAAAAAACAUGAGAACUUGCAAUUCAUUGCCAAUGCCUUGCAGAGCCAAGGGUUACUGUCCUCAAGAAAUAUUGAGGAAAUGUCUGAAGCAACCAUGUGUGACCCGAAAGCCAAGGUCUGUGCUUAUGGUGAGUGCAGUGAAUGCCUCCUAACUUGUCACCCGUUGCUGAAAACCCCUGAGGAAGAGAACAUUCGUUUAUCUCAGUGGAUGACAGAGAAGAUCAAGAAGGAUGAGAAGGUGUCAACAAUAACAGUGAAAAGGGAGAUAACAACAACAGAGCAUGAGCUUAACACAGAUUUCCAGGAGAGGCUUCUCCAUUUUAGGAGCCAUGUCUUCAACAUUAAUUGGCAGUUUGAUGCCUACAGGGAGCUCAGGAGGAGUCUGAAGCACAAUGAGUCCCUCUUGCAUAUAGAUUUUAGCGAAAAUUACUCAUGUAAGUACAGCGAAGAAAUACAAUGUGUGCAUUUUGGAGGCUCACACAAGCAGGCCAGUCUGCACACUGGAGUGCUCUACACCACUGGUGAACAAGCGCCACACACCUUCUGCUCCAUUUCACCCUCCAGAAGACACGACCCUGUGGCCAUCUGGGCCCACCUUGAUCCAGUUCUGAAGGUAGUGAGAGAACGACACCCUCAAGUCAGCACACUUCAUUUUUUCAGCGAUGGGCCUGCAACGCAGUAUCGACAAAAGGGAAAUUUCUUCUACCUCUCAACGGAACCCUACAAGUAUGGCUUCAAAGAAAUAACGUGGAAUUUCUUUGAGGCUAAUCAUGGGAAGGGGGCACCAGACGGUGUGGGUGGGGCCCUCAAGAGGUCAGCAGACCGGAUUGUAGCCCAUGGAGGAGACAUUCCUGAUGCCCAGAGCUUGUAUAACAAGCUGAAAAGCCUGGACACAUCUGUCGAGCUGUUCUUCAUCCCAGAGAGGGAUAUUGAAUCAAAGCCUGAGGUACCUGCAAUAGCUGCCAUAAAAGGCACUAUGAGAAUCCACCAAGCUAUCAGUCUGACACCCGGCCAAAUGAAAUACAGAGACAUUUCAUGUCUGUGUAAAAGGGAGGAAGGUGUUUUGGACUGCCCCUGCUUUAACCUUCAAGAGGUCACUCUAGCUAAUGUUCCUGUUUCAUCUGACAAGUCCCCAGCAUGUGGAAAGACACCAGAUAAUCCUAGGAGACCAGAAAUGAUUGAGGUAAAGCACAUUGGAGAGUGGUGCGUCGUUAAUUAUGACAAUGAAGCAUACCCAGGUAUCAUCAUGGAUGCAGAAGGGCACAGUGUGAAAGUUAAGUGUAUGCAACGCCAUGGCAUAAACAAGUUCAAAUGGCCAAGUCUUCGGGACGACAUCUGUUGGUACCAUGACUGGCAGGUACUUUGCCUAAUACCAGAACCACAGGCUCUGAACAAGCGCUCUGUACAGAUUGAAGUGUCUGCAUGGAAGUAUGUGGAACAGCAACUGCAGAACUGAGCCAUGUCUCUGCAGAAAGGGAGAGACUGUUUGGAGAUGCGUCCAAGUGAUCUUUCUGUAAUAUUCUGUUUUUUCAAAUCAACUGUUCUCCACUUAAAAAACAUUUUUCUUCUUGUUCUACAGUUGAAUGUUUGACUUUCACUGUGCAGAAUGAUGU